AUGUGCUACGGAAACUACUUUGGUGGCCUAGGCUACGGUUAUGGUGGCCUGGGUUAUGGCUGUGGUGGCCUGGGCUAUGGCUGUGGUGGCCUGGGCUAUGGCUGUGGUGGCCUGGGCUAUGGCUAUGGUGGCCUGGGCUAUGGCUACGGCUGUGGCUGUGGCUCUCGCUAUGCAUACAGUACCUAUCGUCCCUGUUGCUAUGGAAGAAUUUCCGGAUUCUACUAA